CCCGUUUUAUUCUGAUCGACGGAGGCCUCAGUUCCGAGCUCCGACGAUCAAGUGAGCGGAGAAGAAGGAAGCUUCCCAGUUCCCACCGCCGACUGGCUGAGUUCGUAGCUUUUGUCAACGUUCACUGCUCGGUGAGUUUAACCAGACCAGUUACCUUCUCACCAUUGUUUGCCAUGUCAUCGGUUUUCCUUGUUCCUAAUUGUUUCUCGCUCUCGUUCUAGGGUUUGGCAUUCUUUUCGAAGGAUCAUCUCUGCUGCUUGUUGACUGACCUUCUCUGGUAAUAAAGGUUAGGGUUUCCCUUGCUGUAUUUAGUUUUUGGUUGUAUCUGUCUGUUUUCUCAUCUCUUUCGGACAAACUGUUUCAGACCCACGGCAAUGGCUCACCCCGGUGGUGGCGCAGAAGCUCAUGCUCGGUCCAAGCAGUACGAGUACAAAGCUAAUUCGAGUCUCGUCAUCAAUACCGACUCCCGCCCCCGCGAUACUCAUGGGCCUACGGGCGAGCCUGAGUCUCUUAGCGGCAGAAUCAACCCCAGGACCUUCGGUGACCUUGUUCAGAGAGGCCGACCUCAUGAUCGUGAUGAGAGAAUUAAGAAAUCUAAGAAGAAGAAGGAGAGGGACGGCCAGUUUGAACCUGUUUCAAGCCGCCAAGCGAAACGUCGAAGAGUCCGACUGGAGAGUGUACUCUCCUCAACCGAAGGAGGAGUCUACCAUCCCAAGACCAAGGAAAGCAGAGCUGCAUAUGAAGCAUUGCUUAGUGCCAUUCAAGAUCAACUGGGUGGUCAGCCUUCUAAUGUUGUCAGUGAUGCUGCUGAUGAGGUUCUGGCUGUACUUAAGAAUGAGUCCUCAAAGACAACUGACAAGAAGAGAGAAAUUGAGAAGCGGUUGAAUCCGAUCUCCAGUGAGUUCUUUAAUGAGCUGGUUAGACUUGGAAGCCUGAUCAAGGAUUACCAAGAUGGAGCUGAUGCUGGUGGACCUACUGCUGUUAAUGGAGAAGAUGCUCUUGAUGAUGAUGUAGGCGUGGCUGUUGAGUUUGAUGAAGACAAUGAGGAUGAGGAAGAAGAGAGUGAUCUUGAUAUGGUUCCAGAGGACGAAGAGGAGGAUGAUGAUGAUGAUGCUUUGGUUGAGCGGGAUGGUGCUAGGGCUAUGCAGAUGGGUGGGGCGAUUGAUGAUAAUGACAUGGGUCAAGCAAACGAGGGCAUGAACCUAAAUGUUCAAGAUAUUGAUGCUUAUUGGAUCCAGAGGAAGAUUUCCCAGGCUUUUGAACAACAGAUCGACCCACAACAGUGCCAAACACUUGCAGAAGAGGUGCUAAAGAUUCUUGCUGAGGGAGAAAACCGGGAAGUUGAGAAUAAAUUGGUGUAUCACCUCCAAUUUGAGAAGUUCAGCCUUAUAAAGUUUCUUGUGCAUAAUAGGCUGAAGAUUGUCUGGUGCACCCGUUUAGCUCGUGCCAAGGACCAAGAAGAGAGAAACCACAUCGAGAAAGAAAUGACAAGGUCAGGUUCCGAUAUGGCUGCUAUUCUGCUACAGCUUCGUGCCACACGAGCUACUGCAAAAGAGAGGCAAAAGAAUUUGGAGAAAAGCAUAAGAGAAGAGGCUCGCAGACUUAAGGAUGAGAUUGUUGAUGGUGAUGAUAGGGAUGGAACUUUGCUCGUUGAGAGAGAUGCACACAGUAGUAGUUGGGUAAAGGGCCAGCCGAAGUUGCUUGACCUGGACAAUAUUGCUUUUGAGCAGGACGGUCUUUUUAUGGCAAAUAAGAAAUGUGACCUUCCACAUGGUUCCUCCAGACAACAGAACAAGGGUUAUGAAGAAGUUCAUGUGCCGGCACUUAAAGCUAAACCUUUAGAUCCUGAUGAGAAGCUUGUGAAUAUAACGGAAAUGCCGGAGUGGGCUCAACCAGCUUUUAAAAAUAUGCAACAGCUGAACAGGGUGCAGAGUAAGGUCUAUCAGACAGCACUUUUCAGUGCCGAUAAUAUUCUCUUAUGUGCUCCAACCGGUGCGGGGAAAACUAAUGUUGCAGUUCUCACUAUCCUUCAGCAGCUUGGUAUUUAUAGGAACAAGGAUGGUUCAUUUGAUCAUAAUGGCUAUAAAAUAGUUUAUGUUGCACCCAUGAAAGCUCUUGUGGCUGAAGUGGUUGGUAAUUUGUCCGAACGUCUAAAAGAAUAUGGGGUGAAUGUGAGGGAACUAAGUGGAGAUCAGACACUCACUCCUCAACAAAUUGAAGAAACUCAAAUAAUUGUGACCACUCCGGAGAAGUGGGAUAUCGUUACCAGGAAGUCUGGGGAUCGCACCUACACCCAACUGGUUAAGCUUCUUAUCAUUGAUGAGAUUCACCUUCUUCAUGAUAACAGAGGCCCUGUGCUUGAAAGUAUAGUUGCUAGAACUGUUAGACAGGUUGAGACAACAAGGGACCAUAUCAGGAUGGUGGGAUUGUCGGCUACUCUCCCGAACUAUGAAGAUGUGGCGCUGUUUUUAAGAGUUGAUGUUGGGAAAGGGCUUUUUUAUUUCGAUAUUAGCUACAGACCCGUCCCUCUUUCUCAAAAGUACAUUGGUGUCUCGGUCAAGAAGCCACUGCAGAGGUUCCAAUUAAUGAACGACCUUUGUUAUGAGAAGGUAAUUGCUGUUGCUGGAAAGCAUCAGACUCUUAUUUUUGUGCACUCCAGGAAGGAAACGGCUAAAACAGCCCGAGCAAUACGAGAUACUGCACUGACAAAUGACACUCUUGGAAAAUUCCUGAAGGAGGACAGUGCUAGCCGGGAGAUUCUCCAGGAUCAUACAAAUAUAGUCAAAAGUAAUGAUCUUAAAGAUCUUCUCCCCUAUGGCUUUGCAGUUCAUCAUGCAGGUUUGGCGAGGGCUGAUCGUGAAAUUAUUGAGGCUCUUUUUGCUGAUGGUCAUAUACAAGUGCUGGUUUCUACUGCAACUCUAGCUUGGGGUGUCAAUUUGCCUGCUCAUACUGUGAUUAUCAAAGGGACUCAGAUUUAUAAUCCGGAAAAGGGAGCUUGGACUGAAUUAAGUCCACUUGAUGUUAUGCAAAUGUUGGGUCGUGCUGGUCGGCCACAGUAUGAUUCGUAUGGUGAAGGUAUUAUCAUCACGGGUCAUAGUGAACUGCAGUAUUAUCUGUCCUUGAUGAACCAACAGCUUCCAAUCGAAAGCCAGUUCAUAUCCAAAUUGGCUGAUCAGUUGAAUGCUGAAGUUGUGCUUGGUACAGUUCAGAAUGCAAGAGAAGCGUGCAAUUGGCUUGGUUAUACUUACUUGUAUGUCCGGAUGUUGAGGAAUCCCAGCAUUUAUGGUAUAGCAUCAGAUAUUCUUACAAGAGAUAUCACGCUGGAGGAGAGAAGGGCUGAUUUGAUUCAUUCAGCUGCAACAAUUUUAGACAAGAAUAACUUGGUCAAGUACGACAGGAAAAGUGGAUAUUUCCAGGUUACUGACCUUGGCCGUAUUGCAAGCUACUACUAUAUAUCUCAUGGCACUAUAUCCACCUAUAAUGAGCAUCUGAAACCAACGAUGGGGGAAAUUGAGCUGUGUCGCUUGUUCUCGCUAAGUGAAGAGUUUAAGUAUGUAACCGUGAGGCAAGAUGAGAAAAUGGAACUAGCAAAGCUAUUGGACCGUGUUCCAAUUCCUGUGAAGGAGAGUCUGGAGGAGCCUAGUGCCAAGAUCAAUGUUCUUCUGCAAGCGUACAUCUCACAGCUGAAGCUUGAAGGCCUGUCAUUGACUACUGAUAUGGUUUAUAUAACACAGAGUGCAGGUCGCCUUCUUCGAGCACUUUUUGAGAUCGUCUUGAAAAGAGGGUGGGCAAAGCUGACUGAGAAGGCUUUGAACUUGUGUAAUAUGGUUAAUAAGAAGAUGUGGAGUGUGCAGACACCCCUUCGCCAAUUCGUUGGGAUACCAAAUGAGAUUCUUGUGAAAUUGGAAAAGAAAGACUUGUCGUGGGAAAGGUACUAUGACCUCACACCACAGGAAAUUGGCGAACUUAUUCGUUUCCCAAAGAUGGGUAGGGUGUUGCAUAAGUUCAUCCAUCAAUUUCCAAAGCUGAAUCUUGCAGCUCACGUGCAGCCGAUAACUCGAACUAUUUUGAGGGUUGAGCUCACCGUCACUCCUGAUUUUCAGUGGGAUGACAGAGUUCAUGGGUAUGUUGAACCAUUUUGGGUAAUUGUUGAGGACAAUGAUGGCGAGUAUAUCUUGCACCAUGAGUAUUUCAUGCUAAAGAAGCAGUAUAUUGAUGAGGAUCACACAUUGAAUUUCACAGUGCCUAUCUAUGAGCCGUUACCUCCUCAGUAUUUCAUCCGUGUUGCAUCUGAUAGGUGGCUCGGAUCCCAGACUGUUCUACCUGUCUCUUUCAGGCACCUUAUUUUACCCGAGAAGUAUCCCCCUCCAACUGAGCUCUUGGAUUUGCAGCCUCUUCCAGUGUCAGCUUUGAGAAAUCCUUCCUACGAGUCUCUAUAUCAGGGGUUUAAGCAUUUUAAUCCGGUCCAGACACAGGUCUUCAAUGUCUUGUAUAAUACAGAUGACAAUGUCCUGGUUGCUGCCCCAACCGGGAGUGGGAAGACGAUAUGCGCAGAGUUUGCAGUGUUGAGGAAUCAGCGGAAGGGACCUGAUAGCAUCAUGCGAACUGUCUAUAUAGCCCCCCUUGAAGCAAUUGCUAAGGAGCGCUAUCGUGAUUGGGAGAGGAAGUUUGGUGAAGGCCUUGGCUUGAAGGUUGUGGAACUAACUGGGGAAACCACUACUGAUUUGAAACUGAUCGAGAAGGGUCAAAUAAUCAUCAGUACACCAGAGAAAUGGGAUGCACUGUCUCGUCGUUGGAAGCAAAGAAAGAAUGUUCAGCUAGUCAGUCUUUUUAUAAUUGACGAGCUUCACUUGAUUGGAGGUCAGGGCGGUCCAGUGCUGGAGGUGAUUGUCUGUAGGAUGAGAUACAUUGCAAGUCAGAUUGAGAACAAGAUCAGGAUUGUGGCCCUUUCAUCUUCUCUUGCUAAUGCUAAAGAUAUUGGGGAAUGGAUAGGAGCUACCUCACAUGGUCUCUUCAAUUUCCCACCUAGCGUCCGUCCUGUUCCUCUAGACAUACACAUACAAGGGGUGGAUAUUGCGAAUUUUGAGGCAAGGAUGCAAGCCAUGACGAAGCCGACUUACACAUCAAUAGUUCAGCAUGCAAAGAAUGGCAAGCCCGCUCUUGUCUAUGUCCCCACAAGAAAGUACGUGAAGGCCACUGCCGAGGAUUUGAUGUCGUACUCUGCAGUUGACAGCACUGAGAAUCCUGGCUUUUUGUUGCGACCCUCUGAAGAGCUAGAGCCUUUUCUAACAAAAAUUCAGGACCAGACUCUGCGGAUCACUCUAACCUUUGGGGUCGGUUUCUUACACGAGGGGUUGACUGAUCUGGAUCAGGAGGUUGUCUCUCAAUUGUUUGAAGCAGGUUGGAUUCAGGUCUGUGUUGUGAGCAGCUCAAUGUCUUGGGGAGUGUCUCUGCGGGUACACUUGGUAGUUGUGAUGGGAACUCAGUACUACGAUGGGAGAGAAAAUGCUCACACCGACUACCCGGUCGCCGAUCUGUUGCAGAUGAUGGGCCAUGCUAGUCGGCCGUUGCUUGAUAACUCCGGGAAGUGUGUAAUCCUCUGUCAUGCACCUCGUAAAGAAUACUACAAGAAGUUUCUCUACGAAGCCUUCCCUGUUGAGAGUCACCUGCACCAUUUCCUGCAUGAUAAUUUUAAUGCAGAAAUAGUUUCCGCAGUUGUCGAGAACAAGCAGGAUGCUGUUGAUUAUCUAACCUGGACUUUCAUGUACAGGAGGUUGACUCAGAAUCCAAACUACUACAACCUCCAAGGCGUGAGUCACAGGCAUCUCUCUGAUCACCUGUCAGAGCUAGUUGAAAAUACGUUGAGCAAUUUAGAAGCAAGCAAGUGCAUUGCAGUUGAGGAGGACAUGGACCUUUCCCCCCUCAAUCUUGGCAUGAUAGCAUCUUACUAUUACAUCAGCUACACGACUAUCGAGCGUUUCAGCUCGUCCCUGACUCCCAAGACAAAGAUGAAAGGUCUCCUUGAAAUUCUGGCUUCCGCCUCGGAGUACGCACAGCUUCCGGUAAGACCUGGGGAAGAAGAAAAGCUCCGGAGGCUGCUCAAUCACCAGAGAUUCUCGUUUGAGAAUCCGAGGUACAGCGACCCACACGCAAAGGUCAACGUCCUGCUUCAAGCUCAUUUCUCGAGGCAAGCAGUGGGGAAGAAUCUAGCUUUCGACCAGCGGGAGAUUCUCCUUUCUGCCAGCCGGUUACUCCAGGCAAUGAUUGAUGUAAUCUCGAGCAAUGGUUGGUUGAACCUCGCUCUUCUCGCGAUGGAGGUUAGCCAGAUGGUGACACAAGGGAUGUGGGAACGCGAUUCCGUGCUGCUUCAGCUUCCACACUUCACGAGGGAAUUAGCCAGGAAGUGCCAGGAUAAGAGCAUAGAGACUCUGUUCGAUUUGGUGGAGAUGGAGGACGACGCGAGGUGGGAUCUGCUGCAGAUGUCUGAUCCCCAGCUGCUGGAUAUUGCCAAGUUCUGCAAUCGGUAUCCGAACAUCGAUAUGACGUACGAGGUUCAAGGUGGCGAGAGCGUGAGGGCAGGUGACGAUGUGACCCUACAGGUCGUGCUGGAAAGGGAUCUGGAAGGGAGGACGGAGGUAGUAGGUCCGGUGGACGCCCCGAGGUACCCUAAGGCCAAGGAAGAAGGGUGGUGGCUGGUGGUCGGUGAUACGGAGACGAAUCAGCUGCUGGCCAUCAAGAGGGUGUCCCUGCAGAGGAGGCUGAAAGUGAAGCUUGCAUUUGCUGCUCCUACUGAAGUUGGAAGGAAGAGUUAUACGCUCUACUUCAUGUCCGACUCUUACCUUGGCUGUGACCAGGAGUACAGCUUCACGGUGGACGUGGAAGGAGCUGUGGAAGACGACGCGUGAGACUGACUUACUGAAUGGCGCCAUUGUUUUUGUAUGGCGGCCUGAUGGAGAAAUGUUACACCAGUGUGGGUUUUUGAGUGAGAACAUUUUGUAUUCGUAGCUGAUAGAAAAGACUGUACUUGUAACUACACAGCGGGGAAAAUUUUGUCAAAUGCCCUAGAAUGUAUGCUCUGAUGUAAUUUUGACCGGAUGCAGAAGCGUUGUUCUCCUCCUUUACAACGCCCCUUUUCUCUAGAGUCUAGUCCACAUUAUUGUCCAGGUUGUGCACUGUGCAUGACAUGGGUGGUAACUUGUGGGUGGUAAUUGGAAUUACUAAAAACGUUCAUGUUUGGUCACUAAAAAUAUUUAAUUUUGUUCAUGAUCACUAGAAUUAAUUAAACGUUUCAAGUUUGGUCGCUCUCCGUUAGUCUUUGUUAAUUGUGUCUGUUAUCUGCUGAUGUGGCUAACAAAAACGCCGGGAUUUUUCCAAUAAUAGCACCUUUAAAAAAAAAUUACAAAAAUAGCACCCAUAUAAAAAAAAUUACAAAACUAGCACCAAUUUUUUUGGAACGCACCCCUAAGAUGCGUUUUACAUGUAAAACGCACCAAAAAGAUGCGAUCUACAUAUAAAACGCAUCAGAGGGGUGCAAUCCAUAAAACAAAUCGCAAUACGCCAGUGCGAUUUGGGGAGGACGCGGAACGAUCUUCAAGAUCGUUGGAUGGAGGGACGAUCGGGCGGCUCAGCGCAUGCCAGCGGAGCGAUCCGCGCCGAGGAUCCCGGAUCGCUUGCCAGCGGAGCAAUCCACGCCCAAGGAAGCACAAAUCGCAUCGGAAGGGAGCAAUCCGCGCCUAGGGAAGCGCAAAUCGCAUUGGAAGAGUGUGAUCCGCGUGAGGGAAAAAUUACCCGAUCGCCCCUGGAGGGUGCGAUCUGAUGGGUAUAAAUACCCCCCCUUCCCCUCUCAUUUCUUCACACCACAACCCAUUCUUCCUUCUCUCUCUACAAUUUAUCUCUCUAAACCCUCCCCCUCCCAAAAGCCUAGGAAAUAGUGGUCUGUUGGUUGCGGCUAAGUCCGAUCUGCCAUCAGAAAACAUUUCUUAGAUUUUUUCCUCAAAACCCGCCGAGCCGAAGCUCUGUCCGAAUUGCGCCGAAAAAAUGGCCGAUUGGUGGCAAGGAGAAGGAGUUUUUGUUGAUGAAUUUCAAGCGGUACGUACUCAUUAUCCGGGUUUAAUUUUUGUUGUUGUUAUAAGCUUUUUAAUUAAUCUAUGUACUAACCUCGUUGUUAUUUUCUCGUAGGUUGGGAUGGACGUGGAUAUUUACAACCAACGGUAUUAUCUCGAGCAAGGGCCGUUGGAUCCAACCGACUUGUACGACCAACCCAACCAUCGGUCAAGGGAUGUUUGGAACGCUCACCCGGUACAUACAAUUCUUUACCAUUUGUCCUUCUUUUAUUUUGUUAAUGUAUUUAGUGGAAUAUAAAAUAAAUUUAUGUUGAAUUUUUAAUCGUGUUGGUUGUUUUCAAUAAUUUAAUCGAAUACAUAGCGCCACUUACUUUGACUCUUUAUAAAGAGAUGCACGUCUAAGAAAAUGGGGUUUUAAGCGAUUAUCAUAUCCUCGCAUUCCCUGGGAAAAUCGGGUAUUAAGAGAUCCUCGGAUCCCCCCUUUUUCUGUCAACAAGACUGCGUUUCUAAGAAGAUGUAUACCUCUUCUAAGAGUCUAACGAGUGUUGCUUUGUAUUCGAUUAAAUUAUUUAAAACAACCAACACGAUUAAAUAAUUUACCAAACAACCCUUACGAUUUAUUUUGAUGUGUACAAAAGGAAUUUUAUUAAUUUCAAACAAUUGAAUAUGUAUGUUUCUCUUUAAAAUAUUGAUUCAUUAACAAUGUCAUUUAAUUUAGUUAAUUUAGUAUGUUUAUUUUACGAUAAUAUGUCGUAUCUCUUUAAAUUAUUAUUCAUUUAGAAUGUUAUUAUGUUAAUUAAUUUAGGAUGUUCGU